CAGCUGAUCGACGUAGUUGUCCGAGCAUUCGCCAAUUAAUAGGUAAAUAUCCUACGGUUCUCUCGAUUAAGCUGUGCAAUUUUGGUCCUAGAAGUGCAAUAGUGUGAGAAGAGUUGACGAGUGCUGCGAAGAAGCAGAUAGUGAAAAAUGGCUCCCCCAGUGUAUGGUGACCUUGGAAAAUCUGCUAAGGAUGUUUUUGGAAAGGGCUACCACUUCGGUGUACUGAAACUGGAAUGCAAGAGCAAAACCAACACAGGUGUAGAAAUCACAGCUGGUGGCUCAAACGCUCUUGAAUCUGGCAAAGUUGCUGGCAAUCUUGAAACUAAAUAUAAGGUCAAGGAGCAUGGUUUAACCUUCACGGAGAAAUGGAACACUGACAAUACACUCAACACAGAAGUAGCUCUUGAAGACAAAGUUGCCAAAGGCUUGAAACUAGUUCUCAACACAACCUUUGCUCCCCAAACUGGCAAGAAGUCUGGUGUUCUCAAAUCUACUUACAAAACAGAUGCCCUCUCUGUCAACCUAGAUUCCACCCUAGACCUUGGAGGCCCAGUUGUCAACGGUGCAGCUGUUGCCAGUUACAAGAAUUGGCUUGUAGGCUAUCAGAUGUCCUUUGAUACAGCUAAGUCCAAACUUACCAAAAAUAACUUUGCCGUUGGUUUCACCACAUGCGACUUCAUUCUCCACACUUAUGCCAAUGAUGGUGCAGAAUUUGGAGGUUCCUUAUUCCAUAAAAUUAAUCCCGAAUUGGAAGGUGCUGUUGACUUGGCAUGGUCUGCUGGCUCAAACACCACUCGUUUUUCAAUUGGUUGCAAGUAUGCCCUGGACAAGGAUGCAGCUCUUCGUGCUAAGGUAAAUAACUCUUCUCAGAUUGGUCUUGGGUAUCAGCAGAAGGUCCGAGAUGGUAUUACUCUAACUCUUUCUUCUCUAAUUGAUGGGAAGAAUUUCAAUCAGGGAGGUCACAAGGUUGGCUUGGCCCUGGAGUUAGAAGCUUAGUGUUUUUAUUGUAAUGAAAUGUUGAGUUACUGAUUGAGUGGUUGUAACAAUAUGACCAUUGCAUGAAUUCCCGCAAUUUUUGAGAUAAGGGAGCCAAAUGGCACUGGACUCUUUUCUGUAAGAAAUGUGAAAAUUAGGUGGUGGUGUUAGCCACUAAACUAGAAGUCCUCAGUGUCAUUGUGCCAUCUCUUAGAUUCCAGUAGUAGGGAGCAUUCAGGAUUGUACAUUAUACUGUAACCCCGAACGUCUGUACAUUACUCAAAGAUUUUUAUUAUCCAUGGACGGAAAUGUCUAAGUUGAGGCAAUUUCUUUUGCAGCUUCAUAUGUAUUAUUGCAUCCUUCAAUAAACUAGAAACUACG